AUGCGCACCGACCCCCGCAUCCGUCAAUCGCUCAACCGCAUUUCCACUUCCAUAGAAUCCGCCUCGGACAACGCCCUCACCUCAUGCUUCACAUUCACAAAAUCAUAUUUGGACCCAUGCCUCAUAUCGCUUUCUACAUGCUGCAUUAUCAAUAAUGAUCGCAAUCACCGUCGAGACCGCCGUGAAUAUCCAUUCGGCUUUUAUGACUAUGACGACGACGAACACGGAAGUUCAUCCGCCGGCGGCUUCCUUGGAUGGGGUAACGACGAACUAGAUAGGCUUCUUGCUGGCGGAGGAUCCGGAGGGGGUUAUGGGGGUAAUUCGAAUAGAAUGACUUAUGGUGCUUCUUCAUCAAGCGGCGCCAUAGUCGGGAGUGGGUCCGCCGGCAAGAGGAAAUCAGUCCCGGGGAAUGACCAAGACCCAACUGUUAUACCCCAAACAUCUAUGUUUGGGUUUCUGACGAGGUGGGCACCUUUUAGGGGGAAAGGUCUACGCUACAAGCCCUCAGCAGCGAACCUCCAAGAACAUCCACAUCGUGGAAACGGACUGUCUGCCGUUCAAGAAGAAGCGGAAGAUGAUCAUGGUAGUAGGACUACAGGAAUGAGACGGAAGCGCAGCGCUACAGGUAGCUCAGGCGACUCCGUAGGCGGGAGUAUGCGGAGUAGGGGUGACCUAUGGCCAAGUGAAGAUGACGACGAUGCAAUCCCAAUUGGUGACGAUGUAUUCUUAACAGGAUCUGACGGCGAGGAAGACGAGUUUCUCGUGUUAGCGCGAAGAGAGCACAGGAAUAAAAAUGCCGAAGAAGAAGAAGAACUGGGAUCAGUGGAGACCAUUGGACUUGGACGUCCGGGACCAGUUGAUGAUGAAGUGUUAAGAAGGGAGGAAGAGGAACGGGGGCUCAGCACUGAAGACUACGCUGGUUUAUUGUCCCGCUCACAACAAGAGAUCAAUCCAUCGGCUGUACCACUCCCUGAGACUUUACCAUCUACUAGAGCACCCUCGCUGGUCGAACAACUGGAUUGCUUCGAACCACCAAUGCCACUAGCACCGAUAUCAUCCCAACAAGCAUAUUUUGAACCGUCACAGUCGCUACCGCACGCAAUAACAUCGACGCCUAUCACUAGGACCAGUUCUCCGGCCAUCAGAGAUUCAAUUCCUACAUCGGUUGGGUCUCGAACGCCGAUACAGAUUAGGAAAGAGAAAGAAAUUUUGGAGAUACCGACAAUGAUUAUAUUAAUGCCUAAUAGUGAGAGGGAGCUUGUCAAGGAAAUUAACGAAGCUGCAAACUCCGGGGGGGGUGUUCAUGGCCUGUACCCAUACGAUUAUGCAGCGCCAAAGAGCGGCAUGAAAUACCUGAUAUUACGGCAGGUGCCAUACACGAUAUAUAUAUGCAAUAGAGUAUUGUAA